UCUAGGCUCAUCUUUUUCCCCUUUCCGUCUGAUUCCUAAUGUCUUCCAUUAUUCCUUUGAUUCUGCUUUGGUUCCUUUCUCAUCUUACCACUCUCACCGCUGAGCCUCCCGACUUGAGAUAUAAACGCUGCUUCGAUUCAAGAGGUAGCUACACAAAACCAAGUACCUACCGAACCAACCUUAACAUCCUCCUCUCAGAUCUCACUUCCAACACACAAAAUGACUACGGUUUCUACAAUCUGUCUUAUGGCCAAAACCCUGACACAGUAAGCGCCAUUGGGUUAUGCAGAGGAGAUGUUAAACCAAACAAAUGCCGAUCUUGUCUCAAGAACGCCUCCAUUCUUAUCCCCAAGUCUUGCCCAGAUCUGAAGGAGGCAAUGGGAGGCUACGAUGAAUGCUUCCUACGAUACUCGAACCGACCAAUAUUGGGUGUCAUGGAAUACGAUGUUUGGAUCAGUUUGCCGAACCAACAAAAUGCUACAGAACCGGGCGAGUACUAUGAAGCGGCUAAGGAGUUAUUGGAUGGAAUGAAUGGUAAACUAACUGCCAACAGAGUUUCAUCUGUUCGUAAGUAUGAAGCAGCAAAUAAAUCGGGUCCAAAUUCGCAGACUGUGUUUGGUGUAGUUCAGUGCACUCCUGAUUUAACUGAGGGACGUUGUUCAGACUGUUUGGCGCAGGCGAUCGACCAAAUCCUGCCAUGUUGUUAUACAAACACAGGUGGUCGGGUUAUUAUGCCGAGCUGCAAUAUUAGGUAUGAGAAUUACCGUUUCUUUGAUCUUGUGUCUGAGGAUUCCCCACCACUGUCUCCUCUUUCUCCUUCAAAAGCCCCCAGCUCAUCAAAAGGGAAUAAUAAAAUAUCAAGAACUACCAUUGCUGUAUUGGGGCCAAUUGUUGCAAUGAUCUUACUGUUCAUUUCUAUCUUCAUUUAUUUUAGAUUGAAGAAACCUAAAGAAACAUAUCAAGCUGAUGCUGAACUUCAUCGUGAAAUUAUACUUUCUGAACCAUUGCUAUUAGACUUUGAAAGCAUCAAAACUGCAACCGAUAAUUUCUCUGACGCAAAUAAACUUGGGCAAGGUGGAUUUGGACCUGUUUAUAAGGGUAAGCUCUAUAACGGAGAAGAAGUGGCAAUCAAAAGGCUGUCCAGGAAUUCUAGGCAAGGAGAUAGAGAAUUUAAAAAUGAAGUGAUGUUGUUGGCCAAGCUUAAACAUCGCAAUUUGGUGAGACUCAUUGGCUUUUGUUUGGAAAGAGGAGAGAGACUACUCAUGUAUGAGUUUCUUCCCAAUAAAAGUCUUGACUACUUAUUAUUUGUUGUAGAUCCAAAUCACCAAGCGCAACUGAAUUGGGUGACACGUCACAAAAUUAUCGAAGGUGUAGCUCGUGGUAUCCAUUAUCUUCAUGAGGAUUCCCGACUACGAAUUAUUCAUCGUGAUCUCAAAGCAAGUAAUAUUCUUUUAGAUGGGGAGUUUAAUCCCAAGAUAUCAGAUUUUGGCAUGGCUAGAUUAUUUGCUAUGGAUCAAACUCAAUGUGAUACUAGUAGAAUUGUUGGAACCUAUGGUUAUAUGGCCCCAGAAUAUGCAAUGCACGGACAAUUUUCAGUUAAAUCAGAUGUUUAUAGCUUUGGUAUACUAAUCCUAGAGAUUGUUAGUGGGAAGAAAAACAGUAGCUACUUUCAUGAAGAGCAUGGACUGGAUCUGCUAGGCUUUGCAUGGAAAAAUUGGAGGGACGGAACAGCCUCAAGGAUAAUAGAUCCAGUACUAAACAAUAGUUCAACAAAUGAAAUAAUGAGAUGCAUCCACAUUGGGUUACUUUGUGUACAAGAAAAUAUAGCUGAUAGGCCAACCAUGGCGUCCGUUACAUCGAUGCUUAGCAGCUACUCAUUUUCUCUCCGAUUACCAUCACAGCCUCCAUUUUUAAUUAGUAGCACAAGCUCAUCAGAGAAGAACUUUCACGAGAACAGUUCAUCAGGGGCAACAAGAUCAACUAAAGGAGGAAGGAAUAACUAUGCUGAAUCCUCAACAAAUGAAGUCUCUGUUACUGAGAUUUAUCCUCGCUGAUUAAAUUUGGCCUUGCAGAUGACUGUCAAAGAUCAAUUGUAAUUCAUGCCACUAAGUUAUGCACAUGAAGUAAUUGGUUGAAAAGUUGAAUUAUGCAGCAGUGAAAUUAUUUCUUACUGUGACGUGUAGACAGAAAAAUAAAGAGCGUUCCCACUAUUGCAAAAUACCACAGUACAACAGCAAAGUGUCGGACACAGAAAUGCAAAUGAAAAUGUAAUUCUUAAAUUACAAUAAGCAAUGCUAUACUCUUGAUUCAUUAGCAAA